AACCACCAGACAGUGGGAGGGGGACGUAUUGUGAAACAGGGAGAAAAUCCCUGUGAUAGGCAGACGCCCCGCGGCGAGGAAACGCUCCCGUGCGGCAGGGUGACGCCCUGUACGGCAGGGCGACGCUCCCGUGCGGCAGGGUGACGCCCUGUACGGCAGGGUGACGCCCUGUACGGAAGGGUGACGCUCCCGUGCGGCAGGGUGACGCUCCCGUGCGGCAGGGGGACGCCACCGUGCGGCAGGGGGACGUUCUGUGCGGCAGGGGGACGGACUGCAGACGGACUGCGCGCUGUGAUACCGCCGAGCCCGGGCGUGACUGAGGCCGGGCCGUGGGCCGCCCGCUCAAGCUGGCCUCAGGAGGUGUGGAGCUAGUCAGGAGUGCCUGGGCCGGCGUCCGGGCCGGCCGCGAGUGCGUGCGAGAGCGUGUUGGUGCAGACGGUGGCGUGCGACGGCCGGUCGGUGACGUGCUGGAGACGGCGCUGCGAUUACUGCUCAGUAGGGCCGUUUUAUAAUUUUAUAUGCGUCUAAUUAGUUUUUGUUUCCCGCAUUCUGAAAUUUUAAGAGUCGGCAUUGGGUGACACUUGUUCGACCGGGGGUUGUGUUGUGGGCGGUUAGCACAGCCAAUAUUUGGCCUUGAAACGCAUAGACGAGUGUGGUGCGUGCCCCGACAAUGUAUGCUUGCGUACGCGGUUGUGCAGAAGUGCAAGGAAUGAGGCACGAGGGCAAGGGACGGUGACGUCUAGUAGCAUGCGAAGACAGCACAAGUGGAUGCGUGGCCCCAUACUCAAGGACAUUGUUGCCGGCCGUUGAUAUUGGAGUAUUUAAGUACGUGCCAACCGAGUGUAUGCCAGUGCGGAGUGGCUGCUGUGAUGCGUGGGCGGCUGUGUGACGUUGGCGGCAUGUUGUUAUCGGUGCGGCAGGGGCGCUGGGCGGCGAGCGAAUGCCGCACGAACUGUGUGCGCCUCCCCGCGCCCGGCGCGCGGGACUCCGCGCCGGGCGCCGCCUGCGAGACACGGAGGUGGUUCUUAGGGGCGGGCGGCGAACGUCACGAGCAGGUGCGGCCGACGCGGCCGGGUGGCGAGCUUCUCAUCGGUCGCGAAGCACGGCUAGGACGGGCCCGCCGAACGAUACUGCGUGACGGAGAGCCGGCUCGCGGCGGCCACGCCGUCUCUUGGGGAAGGUUCGCUGCUGACCUCCGGGAGCGCCGCACGGACCUGACCCGGCGGUGCUCUGCUGAAGCGUCCGGCCGUGCUCCACUCGCCCGGCACGCAGCAUGGCGCCCGUGGCGGGCUUCUGGGGCCGGCCCACCUCCACCCUGGACUGGUGCGAAGCCAACUACGCCGUCUCUGGCUACAUCGCCGAGUUCUGGAACACGCUGAGCAACAUGUCCAUGAUCGUGCCGCCGCUGUACGGCAUCUACGAGGCGUCUCGUCAGCGGUUCGAGGCCAGGUUCACCAUCUGCUUCAUCCUGCUGCUCGUGGUGGGUCUCGGCUCUUCCGCCUUCCACAUGACGCUGCUGUAUGAGAUGCAGCUUACAGACGAGCUACCCAUGGUGUUCUGCAGCUGCUUCCUGCUCUACUGCUUGGCCGACAUCCAGCACAUGCAGACCAGAAGCCAUUUCAAUUGGCUGUCAGUGAGCCUGGUGGCGUGCUCGGCCAUCUUCUGUUUGUCCUACCUACUGUACCCCAACCCGCUGUUGCACCAGGCCAUCUACGGUAUGGCCACACUCACCAUCACCGUACUGGACGUGCGCCUGGUGCGCAGCCAGAACGACCCCCAGCUGUGGCGGCUCUUCUACGGCGGCCUGGUGCUCUACGUCACGGCCGUAUCCCUCUGGAACAUAGACAACCACCUGUGCGGCCCGAUCAGUCAGCUCCGCACCCGGCUGCCGUCGUUCCUCAGGCCGUUUACCCAGCUGCACGCCUGGUGGCAUCUGUUCGCCGGCUACGCCAGCUACAUUCACAUCCUCUUCUGCCUCAAGAUCUGGUACAACGUGCGCCAUCAGAAGUGUGACAUGCACGUGGGCGCGGUGGGCCUGACGAUCCGCCGAGCGGAGCGCCCGGCCGGCGGCGACACACGCCAGGCCGCCAACGGCAAGCGGCGCGACUGAGCGCCGUUCGCAGCUCCGCCAGCUGGAGGCCGCGGACACUGUGCUUCGCCGGCCGGCCGGGCGAUGGCGCCGGGUGCGGUCGAGGAUAUGCAGGCUUGGUUUCAGGCCAGCCACGACGCAGCUGGAUAUUACGUGCCUGGCAUCAACAAUGGGCUGCGCCCUCCGGGUAGAGGCGCGUUGAUGUACGCACUUAGAUGUCGCUCGGCGACUCGAACGGUUUCUGCGCUUGAUGAACGCACAGUUUGGGACAAAUUCGAUUUUUAAUUCGUUGCACUCUUCGGUAUAUUUUCUUUCAAAGCGUAGGUUACAUACCAGUGCAAUGAGCUCACCAGAUUACAAAUGAACCAUGGAACCAAAACUGCAACAUCGAUCGUUGGAAGGUUGGUCGGCGCCCAUUAGAUGGGCCGGUUUCUGAUAAAAGUAACGAUGACUUGCUGUUGUCCAUUUGUUUUCCGCGUCAUUUGGUGAGUCGGCCGAUGGCUGUUUUUGGUAUUUGAAGACCAUCUGAGCCGUCUUUUGGCACCAUUAGCUCUAAUUUUCCGCAAAUGUUCACAAAACAGGUUUGUUUGCUGUUUUUUUUUUGCUGCCGUUUGAGUCUUUUUGAGGGUGGCGGUGGCGCUGAGUUACUACGGUACAACCACUGUGCUACGUGAGCGAAUUCUGUGUGUGGGGAGGGGAAUGCCACGUGUGCUGCCUAUUUCUAGUGGGUAGAGCCACUUUCGCGCUGUUUAUCGGCUGCAUUGUAUGAAAUGUUUUGUUUGGUGUUCCCUCGCCAUGGUGCUGCAUCGAGGCUUCUCUGCCGGUCUCACAGCCGCUACAAAUGGCUACACAAAUCCAUAGAGCGACGGAAAGCCGUCGACUCAAGACAAUACUCGGCCUCAGGACUGAAGCAGAAGCCUGGCCUCCGUCUCGGUGCAACGCUGCCGCUGGGGGUUACAGCUGCUGUAUCCCACUCCCCUUGUCACGGGUGUGUCUUGCAGCGCUGGACGCGUGCUAACUCGCCACGAAGUGCCUACACCGAUCUAGGCUGCGCUAGCCCAUUUGUACUGGAGGUAUUGGUUAUCAAGACAAUGAGGGCGUUCAGGAGGCUGUGGGCGGACGAUACGCGCUCAUGCAUGUUAAACACUGCCGUGAUCUUACUAAGUCAUCGCGUGUACCACGUUUGAGAUACAUGUUGAUGAAUAUAUAAUUUAGCUGGUGACUCCCAUACCGCUGAAUGCAGCGCACCAUCUGGAGCUCCGCUAGUUGAGGCUGCACUGGGAAGAGCCUGCAAGAAGGCUGCAAAACUCGUUUUCGUUUUUUAAACGUUGCCUGGAACAGAGACCUAUGUGUAGAUGUUCAUAUUUUAGUACCGACGGAUAUAAACGCAAACA